GAGAGGUGGGGAAUCGGGCGAACAAAAAUGGCGUCCCGCGAUGAUGCAGGAAAUAGAUUUCGGUUUCAUUAAAACUUGGCUGAAAGUGCAUCGCCCGGAGGGUUCUUCCCCGGAGGCAUCGGUAAAAAACUUUGGAGACGCAAAGACACAGAAUAAAUGGCUGGAUGGAAGUCUGGGUCAGAUUUUCAGAACUCUGGACAGUACAGCUACCUGGACGAAGUUCCCUUCAAGAUUAGUGACGGGUUCAGGUGUCCGGCCAAAGUGGGUCUCCCGGUGGGGUUCUGUGUCCCAGACUGCACCUCUGCGUCGGCCCAGUUUGAGUAUGACUUCUCCUUAGAGCGGCGGGUGGUGCGAUGGGGGAAGGAGCUGGAGGAGGCACGGGCGACCCAGGAGAGAGAGCGGCGAGAGGCGGAGUCCAGCAGGACGAGGCGAGCGGCGUCAGGGGAGCAGGAGGCGGAGCAUAGCGACGGGACCCCGCCCCGUCGCCACUUGGACGAGAAAGCCCCGCCUCCACCCGCACUCAACCCCGUGCUGGCCAGGUUGAGCCACAGCGACAUCCUCAUGCCCCUCCCCGCCCCCAGCUUGGCCCCGCCCCGCCGUCCCAGCCCCCCCGGCCUCCCGAAGGGCUUCAACCUCGCUGACUUUGAGAGUGCGGAAGACCCUUUCAACAAGCUGGAGCUCAAAACCCUCAACGACAAAGAGGAACUGAGGAGCAUCUUGCUGGUGCAGGCCCUGACCCCGCCCCUGCCCCCGCCUGUCAAAACGGACCUAUACCACAGGACCAAUGGCCUGGUGGCCCCUCCCAAACAGGAAGGGCCCGGGGGCCGGCUGGACGCGGGACCUCCCUGCAACAUCCGCUCUCUCAGCUUCCCCAAACUUUCUGACUCCGCCCCCAGCCCCACCCCACGGCACAACCUGUUCAACGGCACCCCGCCCAUCACACGGCGUGCCCUCCCCCAGAAAGACAUCAUCGCUCGCCUAGCCCACGACGGCAUCCUGAAACGGUCUCCGCCCCUCCCGGGCACUGGGCCCGCCCCUCGACCUCCUGGUGUGGUGGGGGAGGGCGGAGCCUUGUUUGGACUGACGCCUGGAGAGAGGCAGUGGGUGGAGACCAUCGUGGCCAUGGGCUACCCCUACGAGGGCGUGCUGAAGGCCAUGCAGAGGCAAGGUCAGAACAUGGAGCAGGUGCUGGACUACCUGAUCGUUCGCGCGCGGCUGUGCGAGCGAGGGUUCGACGCAGGCGCGGUGGAGGAGUGCCUGGAGAUGUGCCAGUGUUCCGAAGAGAAGGCCCUGGAGUUCCUGCAGCUGGCGUCUCGUUUCGGGGAGAUGGGUUUCGAGAGAGACGCCAUUAAAGAGGUGCUGCGGCUCCACAGCAACGACCGGGACAAGGCUCUGGAGGAGCUCAUGACUCGAGCAGCCACCAGCUGAGCUCCGCGCCUCUGGCUCCGCCCCUCCCCCCCCCACCCCCCACCUCUCCCACCUUCGCCUGCCGAGGUGUGACUUCACGACCGUCCCCUCCGCCCUGGCACGAGAGAGAGAAUACAAAGGAAGAAAAAAGGAAGCAGUGUUAAAGGAGAUGCAGAGUAAAGAAAAAAAGAAAGAAAUUUUUUAAGUCACUGAAACACAAGAUUUGCUUGAAAACAGAAGGGUGCGUAGGCCAAACCGAAAGCCUGACCUGUCCCCUCUCUGGAGUUGUCUAGACGCAAAUCAACAUGGUGAAAGAAAUGGAGAAAACAAGCAACAAAAAAAAAUAAAAAACGGACAAGAACACUCAACCAAGGAAAUGGCGUCUGGCGCUUUGUGGUGGCGUAUCGCCAUCUGUCUCCUGCUCUGUAAGGAGGGGAGGGCCGAGAAAGAGCCGGAACUCCCGGCUGCCGUGCUGCCCUCACCUGCCGCCAACUGCACCGGCGGGAGUCACGCAAUGCAAACCUGAUAAGGAAAAUUCAGAAGUGCCCUUUCUGUUCGACUGCUGAUUCACGGUUCUCCUUUUGCCAUUUUGUUAUUUUCUGCCGCACGGCAAAUAAUCAUUUCAUCUUUUUAUUUUUCUUUCUCUCUGUUUUAGGAACUGCGUUAAGGUGGACACAAUUAAUAUAACUAAAUAAAAGAGAAUAUGGUAUAAUAUCUUCUACUGUGCCUUUAGCACUUACACUGGAAUGGACUACUAACAGAAUGCAAAGAGGAAAUACAACUAUUAAGCAAAAGCCAAAAGAUUUGAGAAACACACUUCAAAAAACACUACGUGUCACAAACACGUGACAAACUCAACUGCACAAAGUCACAUACAUUUGAACUGUAUAAGUGAGUACACGCUCAAAAACAUUUGUUUACAACCAAGUGCUGUGUACGGUAAAAGAGGCUGAUCGGGACGAAAACUGUGAAAACUGCUUUAAAUGUUUCUUUCUAUCUUUACGUUCAUGCUUUGUAUCAAAAUCUUAAUUUUGUGUUGGUGUACUGCCAACCUCUAGUGCAAUAGAAAAUAAGAUUGAAUCACUGUGAGGCAGAGUUGGCCUGGUGAUGUUCCGUGAGGACUGGGAUGCAUUUGAGUCUGUGUCUCCCUGCGGCACCCCCUAGGCCCAUGGAGAAUGAAUAGAUAGACUGUUUGAGGUACUGGAGUUGUAUGGCAGUUAGUGAUCUGCUUGGUGUGCUAGCUGUUGACUUUAAAUGCAUCUCAGAUGUUUUUGUCUGCAGGCUUCAUAUCAGAAUGGAGGCUGGAAAACAAUUAGGAUUCCUGUUGUUUUUUUUUUUCCUUCUUCUAAAAGUGGAACUGGAUUUAUUUUGUACCAGUCACAACUUCCUGUUUUAACUCCACUUAAUGAAUAGCACCAGUGUUAAAGUUUGAUUCGCAUGGUCUUUUGAGCUGUGGGAACUGAAAAGAAAUGGUUUUUGUGCAAAAGUGCCACUUUGCAAAUGUUAACGGUUUCCUGCUGGUUUUUCUGCUGUUUUGAAUUUUGAAAGCACACCCCCAGCAUGUUAAGGUUCACCGUUGUUGGACAGCGUUUUUCUUCUGUGGGUCGUGUUUGGACAGUCGGCGUUCAGAAACUGUGAACUGGGUCUGCUUCGGUUUCCUCAGAAAACUCAGUCGCUCGACUCACACAAAUGCUGUGAGGUUCAGUUUAAAACAAAUGAAUAAGCCUGACACAAAAGCAACUGACUUUCUCAUAAGCUGUACAACCGUAAAUAUCUAAAUUAGAACUGAGAUGAUCUGAGAUAUCGGUGGUCCCAAGGGGUGAUUACACAAUUUGGUGAUAAAAUUGGAUGCGAUAGGCCACUGAGUUGAAGCCUGCACCGGUUCUGUGCAGAUUAUUGUUUUAUAACUUGCAACAUGUGGUCACUGACCCCGUUGGUGACAUACUCCGGUUAAAGAGAUGGAAAUAUUUGUUUACCAAUCAUUAUAAACUGUGCUGGCAUUGUUGCAUCAGGCCAUCUUGUGCAUCAGGCUUAUCUUGUGCAUUUAUUCUGCUUUUUUCCGGUUUUAUCUUUGUUGUUCCUCACCGCCUGGGUAGCCGAUUGAAUUAUGUCGGUACGACAGCUGGAGCGAUUUUUUUUCAAAAGCAGUGAUUCCAUCAAAAUGCCCAAGCUCCCUGUUUUUAAUAAAAACCAGUUGGUUUAUCAGUGA